CGCCCGGCCGCACAUGUGUUUCUGUUUUGUGUUGUAGCAUUUGUUCUGGAAGCUCGUAUUUACAUUUUAAGUGUAUCUGGUGAGUGGGCUGCAACCCUCGUCUGGGCCGGAAACAGAAAGAAGCCCUCCAACCCGUCUCUUCUCGAGUUGUUCCUCUUCCUUGUUCUCUCGGGUUUUUCUUCACUCCAGCCAGCCGCGACCAUGCCCAGGAAGAAGGCGACGGCGGCGGCGGCCUGGGAGGAGCCGAGCUCUGGCAAUGGCACAGCCCGUGCGGGGCCCAGGAAACGCGGCGGCCCGGCGGGGAGGAAGCGCGAGCGACCCGAGCGCUGCAGCAGCAGCAGCGGCGGCGGGAGCAGCGGCGACGAGGACGGCCUGGAGCUCGACGGGGCCCCCGGGGGCGGCAAGCGCGCGGCACGGCCGGCUGCGGCGGGCAAAGCGGGCGGCGCGGCGGUGAUCAUCACCGAACCCGAACACACCAAGGAGCGCGUCAAACUUGAAGGGUCAAAGUGCAAGGGGCAGCUUUUGAUUUUUGGGGCCACCAACUGGGACUUGAUUGGUCGGAAGGAAGUGCCUAAACAACAAGUCGCUUACCGCAACCUCGGUCAGAAUUUGUGGGGGCCCCACAGGUAUGGGUGCCUGUCCGGGGUCCGGGUGAGGACGGUGGUUUCAGGUUCGUGUGCGGCCCACAGCCUCCUCAUCACCACAGAAGGGAAGCUGUGGAGCUGGGGUCGGAAUGAGAAGGGACAGCUGGGCCAUGGCGAUACCAAAAGGGUGGAAGCCCCCAGACUCAUUGAGGGUCUCAGCCACGAGACGAUUGUGUUGGCAGCCUGUGGGCGCAACCACACCCUGGCAUUGACAGAAACUGGAUCUGUGUUUGCCUUUGGAGAGAACAAGAUGGGUCAGCUGGGCCUUGGCAACCAGACAGAUGCUGUCCCCAGCCCUGCACAGAUAAUGUACAACGGCCAGCCAAUUACCAAAAUGGCCUGUGGGGCUGAAUUCAGUAUGAUAAUGGACUGCAAGGGAAACCUCUAUUCCUUUGGGUGCCCUGAAUAUGGCCAGCUGGGACACAACUCGGAUGGGAAGUUCAUUGCCCGGGCCCAGCGGAUAGAGUAUGACUGCGAGCUGGUGCCCCGGCGGGUGGCCAUCUUCAUCGAGAAGACCAAGGAUGGGCAGAUACUGCCUGUCCCAAAUGUGGUGGUACGGGACGUGGCCUGUGGAGCCAAUCACACGCUGGUCCUGGACUCCCAGAAGCGUGUCUUCUCCUGGGGCUUUGGGGGCUAUGGCCGGCUGGGCCAUGCUGAGCAGAAAGACGAGAUGGUGCCUCGCCUUGUGAAGCUGUUUGAUUUCCCUGGGAGGGGCGCGUCCCAGAUCUACGCUGGCUACACCUGCUCCUUUGCCGUCAGUGAAGUGGGUGGCCUGUUUUUCUGGGGGGCCACUAACACCUCCCGUGAAUCAACCAUGUACCCGAAAGCAGUGCAGGACCUCUGUGGCUGGAGGAUCCGGAGCCUGGCCUGUGGGAAGAGCAGCAUCAUUGUGGCGGCCGAUGAGAGCACCAUCAGCUGGGGUCCUUCGCCAACCUUUGGGGAACUGGGAUAUGGGGACCACAAACCCAAGUCUUCCACUGCAGCCCAGGAGGUGAAGACUCUGGAUGGCAUCUUCUCAGAACAGGUGGCCAUGGGGUACUCGCACUCGUUGGUGAUCGCACGGGACGAGAGCGAGGCUGAGAAGGAGAAGCUCAAGAGGCUGCCGGAGUACAACCCGCGCACCCUCUGAGGCGGCCGCUCCCCUCCCGCGGCAGCUGUCGUUUCCACGCGCACUGGGACCGGAAGUCAGGCGAGGAAUUUAGGAAGCAAAAGUUGGCCGAAGGUGCAUCUUCGUUAGCGUCCCUGAGGUUCCGUUUUCUAAGUGAUUCAACAUUAACUACCUUUUUCUGUAUGCUUUCCAAAGUGUUUUCCUCCCUCAAUGUUUUAUUAAAAUAUUUGCUCAUUAUCAACUUGCCAUUCCUACAAGAGGCAGAAACUGAGCAGUUUAGGUUUUUUUUUACGUUGUAUUUUUCUUCUCCUAAGUGUUCUUGCCCAGACCUUCUGUUCCAGUUGUCAUUAGCAUUGUGAUCCGAGUGGGUGCCACAUGCGAAGAGGCCAUUUACCCAGCGGGAGAUGGCCUUUCCAGGAGCCAGCAGUGUCUAGGCAAGACAGCCCAUGCAAACUCAACUGUGUGCUCCAGGAUCCUCCAGUCACUUGCCUGCUUUUUCUUGUAGACCUGCUGAGGCCAGCUCUGUGCUGUUCCUCUCCUUGGCUGCCUGGAAGGCCCGCAGUCUUGGUGGGGGCCUUGGGGGGGGUCUGCGUUUAGCCAUUUAUAUUUACAUUAGCUGUCAAAGAAGUCCAAGUGAGCAACAGGUGACCAAGGAACCAAGGGAUGAUGGAGUGGGGCAGACAGGUGGGGAACCUUUGUAUCUGUUGAAAGGUCCAGCUUUACGGCUCCCUGUGGAGUCCCAGCCCCAUUGCUAGCGUUUGCCAGUUAGAGAUUGGUCAGCCAGCAGUCAAAAGUACAUUCCUAGCCCCGGCCAAGAAGGACCAGUCCUCCGUUGAACCAGCCGCUGUCUUCCUUGCUCUGCUUCGCCUGUCCACUCCUGCUGGCUCCUGCCCGGAACAGCGCCCUGUUCUGAGACUCAGUCACUGUUCUGAGGGCCCUAAUGCUCUUUGGCGCAUUUGCUUGGCUCUGGUACCAAAUAGUUGGGAUUCCUGGUGAAGUCCCCCUGCCCCGAGUGUCAGUGCAGAUGCUGUGACUGCCACCUGCGUCCCCCCUGCAAGUGCCCUCUGCCUGAGCCCGUCCCGGCAUGGACUGCGCAGCUGAGUUUCGAGGUGCCUUUCCCGGACCCCUCCUCACUGGACCUGAGCGGGUAGCAGCCUGGGCUGGGGCUCUUGUGUCCAGAGGGUCUGGGCUGGUUUGGGUGCUUUAACCAGGUUUGAGUUGGGUGGUGCUUAGGGUGGGGGUGAGGGGAUGGGACUUCCGUGUGACACUGGGUGGAUGGGAAUAUUAAAUAAUUGGUCUUGAACUUCUGUUUUUGCUUUUGCUGAUGUGGCCGCUUGUCAUUGUCUUGAUGUUAAAAUGCCAAAAACGAUCUAGUUGUGGCUUUCUCCCUGUCCUGCCCAUCACGUCUCCCAGUGGCUUCUGCCCGUUCCGUGUGGCCUCUGUCUCAGCCAGUCCCCCAGCCUCACAGGAGAUGGGUCUGAGUCUUCUAAGACUUGGUCUUUGUCUACCCCCCUCUCCUGUCCUGUGUUUGACUCUAGUAAGUCCAGGAACAAGUUUCUGCAGCGAUGGCGCUACUGUGAACUAAUCUGAUUUGUCCAAGGCGCCGCAGACCCCACCCCCUCACGCUGCCCUGAGCAGGACCCCAGCCUCUCCCUGGUCUCUGGUGUGUGGCUCUGCGUCUGCUCCUUGUACUCUGGAGGUCUCUCUCACGUUGUAUGGUUAACAAAAGGGCCAAGGACAAAGAGGCACUGGAACUUCCUUGGACUGAGCUGGGCUCAGACCUUCCAAGGGACAACAUUAAAACCAGCAGUACGCUAGAGUGCCCCCUAGGGACUAGGGAAAGGGACCUUCCAUAGGGAGCCAGCCCUGUGCCCUGCCACAGCUCCUACUUGUGGCGCAGAAUUACACUUUCCCGAGGGAAGCCCCUUUAGGAUAGGAAAGAGGUGCAGAGCCCAAGGUGGGGGAUUGCUCUGGCCUGUGUGCCCAUGGGCUCCUGCUCGAGAGAUGAGGGCAGUGUGAAGGGGACAGAAAGAGGACAGUGUGACUUGGUUGAAGGUGCCUGGUUUAGUGCUGUUAAUUGUCUUAUUUUUUUUAUAUAUAUAUUUCUUGGAGUAAACAUUUUAAAUAAAUGGCAUCAUUGUUUACUCUG